CACCGAGAUGCAUGGCGUCCAGGGGGGGUGAGAGACCGGUAACUAGGUUCUUUGAAGGAGUAUAUCGCAAUGAGUUUACCCGAACUAUACGAAUUAUACACUGUCAACGUUGCAAGGUAUAAUGAGAGUCUAGUAUAACUAAAAUCAGAGAGCCGUGGGAUAAAACUGGCGAAUCUACAAUUUCUCACGUUAUAGCUAAUCUAAGUCGAUUAUCACGAAAGUUAUAGUGCAUCUUUCCGUUUACACAUAGCCAGGUACUUAUAAGGUAGCCUACCUAGGUACCUAAUCACUCCAUCUAAACAAAACCAUGCCUCUAGAACUCCAGCCAGCCACCGAAGCAGACGCCCGCCGAUCCGCCCAGAUCGAGCACGAGGCGUACGCACCCAACCCCAACAACAAGAUUCUCUUCCCGGGACCCUUUCCGCCCAACAUCUUAGAUCUGCGUGCGGGACAGCUGGCCGCGGAGUUGAAACAGGAUCCUACGACACGCUGGCUCAAAAUUAUCGACACGGACCUCCCUGCAGAUGGGGAGCAGAUGGUGGCGUUUGCGAAGUGGCAUGUCUAUGACGAUGUGAAGCCGCAUUGGAAACCCCGCACUUUUGGUGCUGGGUGUAAUGGCGAGGCGUGUGAACUGUUGUUUGGGGGUGUGCAGACGCAGAGGGAACGGAUCUUGGCGGGGAGGAAUUGUGUCUACCUUUCGCUGUUACACACCGACCCAAAACACCAGAAGCGUGGCGCAGGCGAGCUGCUUGUAAAAUGGGGCAUUGAAGAAGCGAAGAAGCUAGGUCUAAUCGCGUACCUUGAUUCUUCUCCAGCAGGCCACUCGCUAUACCGGAAAUGCGGUUUCCGCGAUGUUGAAUGUCUAACCACUGAUUUAUCUACGUGGGGAGGAAUCACGGAAUAUACGUGGUCUAUGAUCUAUGACCCGGCUGAGAAUGCUAUUUGAAUAUGUACGAGAUGUAUCUAGGUUCACUA